AUGGCCUCGGAAGAAGAAGGGGGAAGUCCUGAUCCCAUAGGUAUCUUCCUCGGCGGCCAGCAGUAUGCCAUAGGCUACGACGGGGCAAAAAUCACGGCACGAUCCCCUUAUUUUAGCCAGCCGAUUGUCAUCACGCCGCCCAACAGCGUCUCGUCGUACCCGGGCUCGACCCCACCUCUUCUGGUAGGAAUACCGGCUACCGGUACGCAGCAGAUGGUCUUUGCCAUUUGUGACAACCUUGAUUCGGAAUGGGAUUCCGCUCUCAUGUUAAAAGCUGGUGGUUGCGUGCAGUGCAAUUCUCAAGUCAUAAUCGACUACGUGACAUCAACGGUUAUUGUUGCUGUAGGGCAGGAGUUCACAUCGACGGUGAAGGCCUCUGGCACCGUCUCGGGGACCAUCACCAUUGGGCUCAACGUCUACAUCGAGCUCGGCGAGCUCUACAAGUUCGACGACAGCGCAGUCCGCAAGCAGUACUUCAACCGACUCUUCCACCACAACAUAUUCAACGACGACGUCUUCAACGACGGCAUCUUCAGAGACGACAUCAUCAAGCACACUCGCGUCAUCAACCAAGUCAACGGGAAUCGUCACCUCCACUAUUCAACAGUCGACAUCCGGCGCUCCGACUUCCUCGACGUCUCAGAGCAUUUCUCCCUCUCCUCCAAUAACUUCAACGUCCUCGAGUACGACCAUCUCUUCAGCAGUCAUGUCCCAGACUUCCCUUCAAAGUACUCCGCGGCUGUCCAGCGUUUUUUUGACGACGUCAGUCGCGUCGUCGACGCCCACAAUUUCCAGCACGAGUAUUUCCAUGUCUUUCCGCUUUACAAAUUCAUCCUCAAGCGCAAUUUCAACACUCGUGCAGACGCCAUCACCAUCAACAACGACCAGUUCUGCAAGCAAUGCCCCUUCCGCGCCCAUAUCGACAUCAGUUCCUGUCACAAGCGUCGUUGCAAUCCAGUCUUCAACUGGUGCGCCUCUGAGCUUAGGCAGUGCCCCUACAUCACAAAUCAGCUUGCCAGCCAGCUCUUCUUCAUCUUCUCUAAAUCCAGUCUCAUCGACCUCCAGCAGUGUCCAAAGUAG